AUGGUCGUCAGAGGAGACCAAGUGCUGGAUUCUCCUGGCGGUAGUUGUUCUCGAGCAUCCACGCAAGCAAGCCCGAUGAGAAACAUGAGCUCGGCUUCAGGUGGUCUUUACGUCAGUGCACCGGGAAAAAUUAUUUUGUUCGGUGAGCAUGCUGUCGUAUAUGGAAGAACUGCGAUUGCUGGCUCAAUCGACUUAAGAACAUAUGUGUCCAUGUUUACAUCGGCUGAUGGACGAAUUUACCUGUCUCUCCCGGAUCUUGGUGUAGAAAAAACGUGGCUGCUGAAAGAUUUGCUCAAAGCAGCUGAUAGAUUGGCUGCUGAACAUCCUGUAGAGGAUGACCAACCGCCUUCUUUAGAAGUUGUCGUACCUAUUGCUCGUAAGCUAUCAGGAAGUUGCGAAGAUCAGUGUGGUGUACAACACUUAGCUAUUCUAGCUUUUUGGUAUCUAUUAUUGGGAGUAGCUCAUAGGAAAAGUGUUCUUGCUUCAACUGGAAAAACUGAAGGUGCUGCAGCUGAUGGGGAUCAAUCUAAACUCGCUUCGGACCUUUUAGCUGUCAAAGCUACUGUGAGAUUCAAACUUCCUAGUUGUGUUGGACUAGGCUCAUCGGGUGCUUAUUGUGUAUGCAUUGCAACAUCACUUUUACAAACAGCAGGACUUAUUCCUUCUCCAUCCAUUGAGACAGAUGAAGAAGGAACACUUACCUGGGAAGAUCCACACUUGGAUAUGAUUCGCAAAUGGGCAACCGCAGCUGAAUCUUUGAUUCAUGGUAGAGCAAGCGGUCUUGAUGCAGCUGUUUGCACAUUCGGUGGAGUUGCUAGUUAUAAACCAGGGACCCGUAUUGAACACUUGAAGAAUUUACCAGAUUUACGAGUUAUUCUUGUGAAUUCUAAAGUUGAACGUAAUACUUCUCGCAUGGUGCAGACAGUUAAGGAACGCUUAAGAAAAUUCCCUGAUGUAGUAGAAGGAAUCUUUUCCACAAUAGAUGCCAUCUCGAGAGAAGCUGCUAAGAUUUUGCACAAACCAGCUGAUGAUGGAACUGAAAUCGAAGAGAAGCACGAAAAAUUGGAAAAUGGUGGCACAACAGUGCCAGACUCUGAUCAUCAUUCCCUACAGCCAAAUCGCGCCGGUAGUGUUCGUUCACAGUCAUUGGCCUCCUAUGUAGCAGGAGGAAAACGUGGAUCGUCAGCUUCAGCCGUCUCAGCUAUGUCCGAAAAAGGAGAACUCAGCGACACUUUCAGCAAGCUAAAUGAUUUAUGUCGUAUUAACAAUCAGUUAUUGAUUGGAUUAGGAGUUGGCCACCCCAAAGUAGAUCAGAUUUGCACAACAUUAGCUCGCUAUGGUAUUCAUCCUAAAAUGACCGGAGCUGGUGGAGGAGGAUCCGUUUUUGCUUUCCUCAAGCCAGAUACUCCUCAAACACUUCUUGAUAUGAUGACUGCUGAGUUAGCAAAAUUAGGAUAUGAGGUUUGGCAACCUCCGUUGGGUGGUGCUGGAGUUGUCGAACAUCAAAGACGUCCUGAUCUUUUCGUUACGGCUCCAUCUACAACCUGUAGUACCCCAGCAGCCUCUAGGCAUAAAUAG